AUGACAAGUAAACCAAGAUACCGUUUCCUUAUUUCAAGUAUUGAUGCAUUUGGGCACAUCAACUGUAUUUUGGCUUUCGGUGAAAUCCUAGCUUUACAUGGACAUGAAGUAACCUUUGCUCAUCGUCAACAUUACAAAAAACUUGCCGAUUCACGAAACUUCAAAUUUAUUUCUUUUGAUGAGACAAUCUUUGAAAACAUUGAUUCUUCUGCCAUCGUUAAAUGGUUUGAUGGACUGUUGCAUAAAUUUAGUGUAGAUGCUGGUUCAAUUUUUGACAAUUGGACACCAGAUGAGAUUAAUUUUUUUGGCUCAAGAGUUGAUGUUUAUGAUCGUGGAAACCGUGCCUUGGAAGCUAUUCUCAAACAAAAUGAAAAAAAUUUCGAUAUGUUUAUUGGUGAUUUCGUGAUGAAUUAUCCACUUUUUCAUCGGGCAACUAUUCCUUGCGCAUUACUCCUCUCAAUGAACCCGGUCGCUCUUUAUCCAAAUGGACCACCAGCAUGGUCAGGAUUUUCUGUGAAGGGUGACAAAAAACUCUGGGAUCAAUUCAGAAUGUCGUUUGCCAAAGCUUCUAGUGUUAUGCGUGAAAAAAUAUAUUCCUGGUGGAAAUCGUAUGAGGUGCCUUUCCCUACUAUUCAAGAUUCACGGAUUGAAAAUUGGUUGUAUGCUGAACCUGAACAUCUUGGUUUUUAUCACUAUCCUGACCUUCUGGAUUACCAUGAGAUCGGUCCAAUAAGAUCAGAUAAAUGGAUGCGUAUUGAUCGCGUUAUUCGUCGACCAGAAAAUAAUGAGCCAUUCAAUAUUCCAGAAUCCCUGAAGUCUUUACCAGGAAAGCUGAUUUUCUUUUCGCUUGGUUCAAUAGGCUCUGUUCAAAUAAAUUUGAUGAAAACUUUCAUUAAAAUCCUAUCAAAAUCUCCUAAUCGUUUCAUCAUUUCCAAAGGGCCUAAAGGAGACGAACUUGAGUUGGCACCAAACAUGUGGGGUGAAAAUUAUGUCAAUCAACUCGCUAUCCUUGAAGCUGUUGACUUGGUUAUAACACAUGGAGGAAACAAUACGUUUUUAGAGACAAUUCAUGCAGGAAAACCUUUGAUUGUGGUUCCGUUUUUCAUGGAUCAACUUGAUAAUGCCCAAAGAGCUGUCGAUUGUGGAAUUGGAUCUCGAAUUAACCUUUGUGAUUUGGAUGAGACAAAAUUGCUAAAAACUAUCGAGGAAACAUUAUCCAACAUCGAAUUUGCUGAAAAGAUAGCCAAAAUAUCUGAUUCUAUGAAAUCAACAAAAAGCAGAGGAAAUGCUGUCAAGAAAAUUGAAAGUUUUCUAGAAGAGUAUCAAAAAGAUGCAAAAAAUAAAAAUUCUGAUCUUGUACAGUCAAAUUGA